UUUCUCUCUCACCUUCAGAAAAAAUUACGACUUUUUGCUUCACUGAUACUGACUACUCUGCAUUCUUGGAGCAAAAAUGGAGGUGAAGGUGUUUCCUCUAGCUUGCGUACCUCCCCUACCCUUACUCCCAAUGCCCACUAACGUGCGCAUGUCUGGUUUCAACGCCAGACACCCCUCAGUACUGAGGAGUACGAGCAAAGAAGAGACCCUUUUAGAAGGGAUGCCUAAGGAAUACUACGAUGAUGAAUGGCAAGCUAGACAACGGGAAAGGAAAAAGGAGUUGGAGAGAAUGCGCCGAGAGGAGGAGGAGGAAGAAGAAAGAAAGAUUGAAGAGUAUCGUGAGAUUGGCAUGCGGUUGAAGGGUUAUCCAGAAGAAGAUCUCAAAAAAGCAAGAAGAUUAGUUUCAAGCUUUAUUAGAGCUGAAGAAGAAGUUGAAGAGAAAAUUGAGGAGGCUGCUGAGAGAGGAGAACUCACAGAACUCGUGCUAAUGAUCAUAUGGAAUCGUCUUGAUCUUGCUCGGCGUGAUGAUGAAAAAGACGCCAUUAGAAGUCUUGAUCUGCUAUACAGAAGGGUUGAGACUGAGAUAUUGAAACGGGAGGCUACCCCUGCCAUGAGAUUGCUCAACGAUCUUUUGAAUCUGCAUGAUGGGUUUGAUGAUGAAGGGUGGCUAAAGGAAUGCAAGAAACGCAUGGUUGAUACCUUUCCAAGAGAGGAUCCUUUUAGCAUCAUGGUUCCGGCAGGGUUUGAUAUUGACAAGCAUAAUGGGCCACUGCGACCAUCACUUGAAGCUGAUGAUGCUCUUUUGAGGGUAGAUUUUGUUAGAGAGGUUGAUGCUCUACUUCAAGAGGUUCGAUCUGAACGAAAUGAAGCACAAAGCACAGAAGGGCUUGAUGCUGAAUCUGUUGCAAGUAGAUUGAAGCAACAGGAAAGGCAACGAACCAUAAGCCUAGUUGAAGCUCUGCUAGACCUAGCCAUUGAUUUGAAGUGGUAACCAAUAGCUUUCCUUUCUUUGGGUGAAAGACGGAACCCCACGAGCAAUGGUCGGCAGUUUUGGCACCAGGUUGUCCUCCAUGGCAGUUUUGUAAUGUUGGUUUCUUUGUGAAGAUUCAGAUGGUUGAAACUUGUUAUCAAAUAUAGAACAAAA